UCUAUCAUUGUGACGCGGGUAAAUUCCAGAGAAAAAUGGCUGAAUCAGAUUUUCUAAAUGAGUCAGUUAAAGAUAAGGACGAAUCAGAUCUCAAAGCUUCAACACCUCCAGCGGUCGCGUCUAGCUCUUCCAGCAUUAAACUACGCAAGUCUUCUAACAUUCUUUCGGCGAUAGUGCGAGGAUCGUUGCGGAAAAAACCAAAGGUCGUCAUUUCCGAUGUGUCGGUUCACAAUCUGAGCUGCGUCAGUACUUCUUCGGUGCCAGCUGAACGACCCUCGAAAAGGAAUAUGCGCGAAACGCUGUGGAAUAUCGUCGGACGAGGGACGUCGAUGAGGACCAACAAAAACGUAUCUGAUGACGGGAUAUCUUCUUGGUUUUUUUACAACGUAGGGGAGGAAAAAGCGAGACUUGAACACAAUCUGAGCACGUCUCAGAACCAAACCGUUUUCUACGAACAAAAGUGUAAAUCAUUAGAGGAUGAUCUUAAAGCGAUAAAACGCCAAAUGGAAGAGUUGAAGUCUAAAAACGAACAGGAUAAAUUGACCAUAGCAAAAUUGGAAGAAACCAAACUUUUACGCGGGUUUGGGACCGACCACAUGGCGGAAGAACCACAGGACGAAAAGGCUGAAAUAAAACUCCUACGAUUACGCUGCGCCAUGUUGGAAAGAGAAAAUUCAGAGCUGGGUAAACUGAAAACCGAAAAUCAAAUGUUGGAACGUAAUUUGGAAACGGGCCACCAUCUUGUCACGUCGUUACAAAUCGAACGAUCGAAAUAUCUGGAGGAGAAGAACGUUUUUUUGACCGUCAUCUGCCACUUAAAACGCGAAUUGACUAGAACAAAGAGGUUGAAAGACGACUUAAUGACCGUUACCGAGAAAGCGAGCAAAUUGGGAAUGAUAGCGGAAUUCAACAAGCAGCAGGGGGACAAACUGAAAGAGGAAAUCAUGCACAAGGAGGGCGAGAUCUCCCGACUCAGAGCUAGCGUGCACAAACUGAAUCAGGCCCAGAUUCGUAGCGCGGAAGAGAAACGUUCACUGUGCUCGGAACUGGAUGAGGCCUGCCGCGUCAAAGAACAACUUAGCCAGGUUUUAGACAACGAAGUCAGGAAGUCUGCAGAACUGGAUAGGUCUAAAGGAGAUGCCGUGAAAUCGGCCAACUCGCAAGUCGAAAAAAUCGAAGAAACCCAAAGGAAAGAAAGGGCCACGAUCAGGAUAUUACUAAGGGACCUGAAGAUUUUAGCGGAAGAAAAGGAAGUCCUGGUAAAAGAGAAGAACGAUAUGGGGUCCGAAGUAAAGCAGCGGCCGCUGUCGCGAUUUCUAAUACGUUUGAACUCACUACCGUUUCAGCUUGAAGAAGCUAAGAAAAAAAAUCGAGAACAAGAAGAUAUCAUUGAGAAUCUUAAAUCCGCCCUGAAGCACGGACAAGAGGGUGCCGCUGAGAUGAGGAAAACGUGCGAAACUUUGGACGCUCUCAAAGACCAACUGAAGACGAAGCUAGACCAACAGAUACUUAAAUAUGACAACAACGUUAACCAAUUGGGAAAACUGAUCGAUCAGUUAAGGCAAGAGAAAAAGGAAGCCGAUAAUAAAAUCAAACUGCUUGUCGAGAAAUCACAAGAACUGCAACAGAGCUUAGAAGAGGAAAAGGGUAAAAAUUCAAGAAUUGAAAACUGUGCCAGAGAACACUGCGCAGAAAAAGAAUCAUUAAGUAAAGAAAUUGAACGAUUGACAAAUGAGGCGGAUUAUUUGAACAAACUGAUGGAGAAAGUUGUCGACGAUUUCAAAAACAGCGUGAAAAGUUCCAGAGACAAGGAAGAAAUGUACAAAAGCGAAUUGAAAGAGUCGAGAGCUAUUAUAAACACGUACGCCACGGAGUUGGACAACUUGUAUAGGAUUGUCGCCGAACAGAAAAAGGAAGCUGCGACAUUAAACUCCCUGAAACAAGACGUUGUAUCAAUGGAAACGGAACUAGUUGUGUUGAAACGCGCCAAACGUCAACUGGAAGAAAAGCUAAGCGAUGCAGAAGAAACCCAUAACAAGGAAAUCGACGCAAUGCGGGAUCAUUUAAACGCCGUGUUGAAACAAACGACAAAAGAUUGCGGGUGUUAUAAGGAACACUUGUCGGGUCUUGUUAGAAAAAGUGAGGCUCUCGAGUUCUUCGGAUCGAAGGAAAACGUUGCUUUGACACAAGAGUUGACGCAAAAACGGGAUCAAAUUACUUUUCUCGAACGCGAGCUGAUCGAACGUGAAAGUGUUAUUUCGGAUACCGUCAAGAAAAUGGCUGAUCUUGAAGCCCGCUUGGCAUCCCAGCAAAUUCAAAACUCCGAAAUCACCUUGCAACUUCACGAAACUCGUCGGAAAUUGGAAACGGAAGAAUGCUUGUGCAAGCAGCUACGCAACACUCAACAACUGCUUCUAGCGGCUGUUCUGCAAAUCAAAGAGAAUCGGAAAAUAGAUCCCGUCGACUGUGUCCAUUUAAUGCACUUAAUUCGAGGUUCACUCGCUGGUGGCACUGCCUGAUGGAAUUCUUGACUAAAGAUCAGCUACUAAAAUACGAAUCUAUAAUAAAUCAAAUACAAGAGGAGCAUCAAAAAACAACCGAAUUAAGACGCGAAAUCGACCAUGAAACUAACAAAUUGGUGAUUGUCCGUUUAUGUGAAGCCAAACCAGCUCUCAAAAUGUGCCACGUCAAUGUCAAGGUUUUUACGGAUAUUGUAGAGCUUUUUCACUUGUACAAUGAUGAACUAAACUCCAAUAUAUCCGAGUUUGUCCGCUGCGAAAAUUGCAAGUUUUAUUUGGUUGAGGUAUUGAUUGUCAACGCUUUGCAAAGAAAGAUUCGAAAUUUUGAUUGGUACUUGAAUGUAACACUUAACAGUUCCAGUGGCGCGUUUAGUAAAUCUAUUAGUUUAACCAAUAAAAGCUUCCCCCUUUUGGAAGUUUUACCAGUUGAUGAAAAUAUUGUGGAAUGCGAAAUAGUUGUGACUUUGUUUUUACCAUCCAAUGAUCAUAUAUUACAUAUUAAUUUGGAAACUGUUCUCAUUGACAUCUCUUACCACUCGGAAAUUUUCAAAAGAAAGACUGGAAUGUCGCUGCCGAAAAAAAUGCUAGAGCUUACAAAGAGUCAUAACACUGGCACGAAUAUUGCUGAAAUUCGCAAACCACUUUUGUUAGAAUGCAAUUGGUUGACCGACAUUGAUGACUCCGGCUUUAUCGAGCUCUUUUUGAAAAAUUGUUACCACAAAAUAGGUUUAGAAAUAUUUUCUGACCUGAAGAACAAUCCUGAAAAUGAUUUUGUCAUUCGGUUUUCUACUGGGGUCAAUAAGCAUAGCAUCACAUUUUCCCGAAAUACAAACAGUAUUAUAAUUAAAAGUAAUGCUGUGGACUUGCUUAGGUGGAAAAAGUAUUUUCGCGUUAGAGAUGAAACUUUUCGUAACUUGGAUAGUACAAAAAUUGUCAAAGAGAUUGAGAGCAUAGCAUCAGACCUCAUGAGGGAGAAGUCCGUUUCUGACUCUCGACGUCUCUAUCUAGACGUCCGAAGGCUCUGGUCCAGAUUACCAAUAUAAAAGUGUAUUCAAGGAGCAAUAGGAGGUUGCGCGCACGUCGAUAAUUAUCAAAGAAAUAAGCGGGCCGGGCUCGAUUGAAGAGGGUUCCACUGACGAGGCGAUCCUCGACUGUGAGUUCGACGCGCAAAACGAAGACGACGUCGUCGUCAAAUGGUUCUAUAACGGCUUG